AUGGUUAAUGGAUCACCGGAGGCUGUGGAACUUAUUAAGAGAAGAGCCAUUGAGGUUAAAACACUCCACUCAUUCCAAAAGAUCAAGGAAUCCACUGGGGCUGAUGUUGGUGUUAAUAUCCGAGAACGAUCAAUUGCACUCAGCGAACUGAUCAGCGACGAGAACCUUCUUGACAAAAAGAGGAAUGCUCCAGACAAAGAGAAGAACGAGCUUUUGAACGAGGCAACAGUUUCUUUGGACUACAAAACUUCCAUUACCGAAAAACACGAAGAGAGAAAGAAGGUCGAGUUGGCGUCAAUUGUUCUUAAAGAGAGCGACGAUACAGAGUCUUCGGAAAUAACAUCUGACCGAUCAGAGAAGACAAACCCCGUCCCGCAAAAAAGAGAUGACCCAUUGGUUUCCCCAAGAUAUCAAACCGGGCAAAAUGUGUUUGAUGUACUUGACCAGAGACCAAGAAGUGCGUCAGUUUCAUGUAAAGUUAUUUCGGCCCCAAACUCAACCAAAAACACCCUUGCAAAGCCAGUCAAAAAGACUGUGUCACCGGCACAGAGACCAGACCAGAGAAUAAACGAAAAGCCAAAGCUCGACGCCUUUGAUUUGCUUGGCAUGAAGCCAACACAACAACCAGCCAACACUAUGCCAAUACAAAACGUGAGACCAUUCCCCGAUGUGUUGCCCCAACAAACCCAGCCAACCCAACAGUAUGGUGUUUUUAGUUUCGACCAAAAGCCAGUUCCACAGAGUGUCAGUGCGGGUGUUCCAACAAACCAGAACGACUCGUUUGUGUUUGACGAACAAAGACCAAGAAACCUCGAUGGGAAAGUCGAAACGGAGAAGUUCAAGGGGAUCGACUUCUCGGUGCUCACGAUCGACUCUCUUGCGUCAAAGCCAAAAACUCAGACGGUCCAACAGCCACAAGUCCGAAAGACGCUAGGCCAACUCUAA